AUGCUAUCAAGUGAUAGCGAACAAGAAGUCAAUGACGAAUUCAUGUUCAUGAACAUUAGAGGAGGCGUAAAAGGUCUCAACAAACAACGACUUCGGUCGAUAGUCACAAACAAGAAACCUCACGAGAGAACUUUACGAGAUGUAAUGUUAAUUUUAGACCUUGUAAAGAAUGUUAAAUUUCUCAAAUAACUUCGCAGGCUCUGAUGAAUUAACUGAAUUAUGCAAACAUAUGGAGUUAAUCAAACUAGCUAAAGAUUAUACACUUUUUGAGCAAGGUGACCCAGGCGAUAACUUUUAUAUAAUUCUCAGUGGAAAAGUUGCAGUUUACUCCCGCAAAGCUAAUGAAGUAGCAGACACUUUUGAUUACGCAUACAUCUGAGAUCUAAAAGAGGGUGAUUCCUUUGGAGAGUUGUCAUUAAUUUAUGGAGCUCCAAGAGCAGCCACUAUCAAGACUACUGAGCCUACUGACCUAAUAGUGAUAUCUAAAGAGGUAUAUCAGAGAGUUCUUAACAACCGUCAAGUAAAUCAGAUAGAAUAUAUAAUUGAUUUCUUCCAUUCUCUGCCACAACUAAGCUCAUUUCAGAGCACAGCUGAUGCUGAGAUCUUAGGUCUGGCCACAAAGACCCAAGUAGUUAGGGUUAAAAGCAACGAGAUCUUCGUUCGCCAAGGUGAGAGAGUAAAUAGCGUCUGGAUGAUAUAUUUUGGAAAAGUUGAUGUUGUGAGAAAAAUCAAGAUAGCUGGCAAAGAGAAAACCCUUAAAAUAGACUCCCUUGGAUCCUCUGACAUCUUCGGCCAUCAUUCUAUCGAGGGAGACUGAAAGUUUGAGUACACUAUAAUCACACAGCUGCCUUGUGAAUUUUUCGGGAUUGCUAAAGCAGACUACCUGAAUCUUCCUAAGGAAAUAAAAGAGAGCUUUAUGGAAUACUCAAAGCCAUAUCCUUCCGAUGAAAUUUUACGAGAAGAUUAUUAUAACAAUAAAAGAUGGAACAAAUUCAAGGUUCAGUGCCGCAAGAAUAUUAAAAUCGAGAAGGAUAAUCUUAAAGAACUUGCUACACCUUUUAAGACUAUGCGAGGAAAUGUUCUUGGGUUUUCCAACCCAUUCAGCUUUCUCUCAUCAGAGAGAAGAAUGAAAAUCCCUCGUAAGAUCUUGCCAGAUAGCCAAAAUCAGAGAGGGUCCUACAUCCAAGAAAAUAUCCUUAAAAUUGGGAAAAUGAGCAUCAAGGCUCAAAGCGAAGUCGUUGACUUGAGGCACCAAAGGAACAGAAGUAUGGGAGAAAUCGAAAGGCGAACUCAAGAAUCCCAAAGGAGUGAUAAUGAUAGCGAGGACCACCAGUUGAAGAUCAUCCUACGUCCGAAGGAGACUCCAUUCUACCUUCAGAAGAUCGAAAGUAACCCAGUGAAUUUAAAGAGUCACGAUUUGACACUUAAAGCAAGCAAAUCAUCCUGAUAUAAACCACCUAAUUCUUCAAGAAAGAUUCAAAUCAAUGAAAGGCUAUCUCGAAAUAUUACCGAUAUAGAUUCUAAAGGAAAUAUGAGUAUUAAGGGAGCUAUGCCUCCUCGAAGUACUCAGAUGAAUCGUGCUAAAUCAGUAGCCAGAUUUUCCCAAACCAAAGGAGGGUUAGAAGAUGAAGCUGAUAAGAUCUCAUCAAAGAGUAAAUUCUUAUCAAAUAAAUUCUCAACAACUUUGUUUGAUGAAAAAGUAGAGAAGUCACCUCUAUAUCAAUUAGAUAAGAUGAAAUAAGCAAGCAAGUAAUAUGGAUCUUGGCAGUGUAAUGACCCCUGAAAUUGAUGACAGCAAUUCUGAUAAAAACUCUAUAACUUCAGCUCACAUAUCCAUCAUAAAACCCCAAUCUCCGGAUCAAAAAUCAAUUCCAAAGUCUAAAAACAGGUCCAAAAUGCCCAAAACCCUCUCUAAAAUACCAAAAAACCUCUCUAAAGUCCCUAAAAAUCUCUCUAAAACCUCAAAACCACAAAAAUCCAAACCAAUCCAUAAACUCCCUCACACCGCUCGAAAACCCAGUCCACUCAAGACCCCUUCCAAACACCUUAAAUCCUCUCUAAAGCCCAAUCAGCCCAUCCACAGUAAAUCUCCCAUUCCCAAACGUAAAAAGAUACCCAUGGGACCUCCCAAACUCAUGAGCAGGAGGAACAGGUCUAUCGAAAGCAAUAUUGCUGGUGGGUACCAGCCACCUCUGUACAACACUCCUGGCAAUUAUGUGGCCAAGCCCAAGACCAUCUGGAACAAAGGCCUAAACCUACAUUUAGGUAAAAGCCCUCCCGGUGGAAUCUUGCCGAAACUUCAUUAGAGAGAAAUACCCAGAAUAUAGGAGUACUCGGCUUGUUAAUAAUACUAGAGAUGAGAUAAGAGUGAGAGUCAGAGAUUUUAGAAAUGGGACUUAGGACUACAAGAUUACUGCAGUCCCAUUCUUUAGUCUUCUAAUCCUUUAAUUUCCUUCCUCACUUCGUUUAAUUUGCCUAAAUUACUCGUUAUGAAAAUUCUUCAUUAAAUGUUGAAACGUUC